AUGUUUACAGUGCUCUAUGCCAUAGUUUUUGUCUGGCAUUUUGGACAGACACUCCAGCACAAAAAUCUCUUCCUGGGCAUUACUUUCUCACUUGGGGCAUUCGGGGAAUUUGGCGGAUGGCUUGGACGCGCAAUUGCCUACAGAUGCCCCUACUCAGUUACCCUGUUAGAGGAGCAGCUGGUCCUGUUAAUCCUAGCACCUACAUUCACAACCGCCGGUAUCUACUGUAUCCUUAGUAUGAUAGUUCCAAUUCUUGGAAGAGAGAAGUCGCCCCUCAACCCCCGAUCCUACUUGAUCAUAUUUAUCGGCGCCGAUUUUCUUUCCCUGAUCUUGCAAGGAAUUGGUGGAGGCAUGUCGGCAUCUGCCUUAAGCAAAGAUGGUAACGAGUGGCCCGGCACAUAUACAAUGGUGGUAGGAAUUAUCUUCCAGCUUGUGUCUCUCUGCAUCUUUGCCAUCUUCUUUGAGUGGGUGAUGUUCCGUGCAAUCAGCCAAAUCAUGAGCAAUCCACAACUCCGAAACCUUUGUAUUGCGGUGAAUCUUUCCAUCCUCUUCCUCCUUAUUCGUGGUGUCUUUCGCAGUGUAGAAUUACUUCAGGGAUGGCGGGGGUAUUUAUUCACGCAUGAGAUAUACAUGAUUGUCUUAGAUGCUGUGAUGGUUCUGCUUUCGCUUUUGGUCUUCAACAUAUUUAAUCCUGCUGUUCUCAUUGCUAAGGCUGGGAAGACAUCGGUAUCAACUUUCGUGGAGCUGAGGGAGCGCAGUGUGGAAGAGCAUGGAACUAAGUAA